AUGUGAUGGGGGCUCACUGUGAUCUGUGUAAACCAGGAUUCUACAACCUGCAGGAGAGUCACCAGCUGGGCUGCACCGACUGUUUCUGCUUCGGUGUGUCUGACGUGUGUGAGAGCUCUACCUGGUCCAGAGCUCAGGUGUUUCAUACAAACGCUUGGCUCCGCCCCUCUCAGUCCCUCCAUGCCCUCCCAGUCCUCGACGGAAACGACCUCCCCAUCCCCAACAACGCUUCUGGACACGUGCACCAACAGGUGCUAUCUUGGGCGGCGCCCGACAGUUUUCUCGGAAACAAGCUGCUUUCCUACAGAGGUUCCCUCAACUACUCAUUGGUCUAUGAUGUCCCGUUGGACAAUCAGGAUCAUUCUCUGCCUGUCCACUCUGACCUCAUCAUCGAGGGAAACGGCCGAGCUCUUCGCCUCUCUCCUCCCGUUGUCCUCUCCCUCUCGGAGCUGGCUGAGCGCUCUGUUGCCGUGACGAUGGCCGAGCAGAAGUUCGUGGACGUCCAGUUGGGCACUCACGUCACCCGCGACGAUCUGCUCUCCGUCAUGGCGCACGUGACGUCACUGGCGGUCAGGGUUCACCUAAACGCCUCCACCGAAGGGCCUGUACGUCUCAGCUCAGUGUCUCUGGACUUUGCUGACCCGGGGUCAGUUUCUGGCCAUCAGGCGGUUGCUGUGGAGACGUGUGAAUGUCCUUAUGGUUACAGCGGUACUUCCUGUGAGUCGUGUCUCCCGGGGUUCUACAGAGUGGGCGGAGUCUUGUUCGGAGGGAACUGCAUGCAGUGCGAGUGUAACGACCACGCGUACGACUGUGACAACGACGGAGUUUGUUUGGGGUGCACCCACAACACCACGGGCCCCCAGUGUGAUCGCUGCCUACCCGGUUUCUACGGCGAUGCCACAGAGGGCACGCCAGGUGACUGUCGCCUGUGUCCGUGUCCUCUGACCGAGCCGUCCAACAGCUUCAGCCCCACAUGCGCCCUGGACGCCUCCGGCCAGGUGUCCUGUGACCAAUGUCGGGACGGAUACACGGGGCGCACCUGUGAGAGGUGUGCCAGCGGUUUUCACGGUAACCCGCAGGCGUUGGGCGGGACCUGCGUCCGCUGCGAGUGCAAUGGCAACGUGGACCUCGGGGAGGCGGGGCACUGCGACACUGUCACCGGGGAGUGUCUGCGAUGUCUGGGCAACACGGGCGGGAGGCACUGCGAGGUCUGUCAGCCCGGUUACUAUGGAGACGCCGUGCAUGCAAAGGACUGUCGGGAGUGUGGCUGUGAUGUCAACGGCGCCCUCUCCAGUGUGUGUGAUGUCACAACAGGACGUUGUAUCUGUAGAGAAAACGUGACGGGACUCACCUGUGACCGCUGCCAGUCUGGGUACUUUGGGCUGCAAAGUGCGGAGGGAUGUCAGGUCUGUGGUUGCAACCAAUCAGGAUCUCUCUCUGAGUCAUGUGAUGAGAAUGGGCGGUGCCACUGCGUGGAGGGUGUGUCUGGAGAUACGUGUGACCGCUGUAGCCAUGGUUACUAUGGUUUCCACGCCAACGGCUGCACAGCAUGCAACUGUGAACACACUGGAGGGAACUGUGACCCCGAGGACGGCGCGUGCAUCUGCCCACCGCACACAGAGGGAGACACCUGUGACAGGUGUGAGACUGGUUACUGGGGUCAUGACCCCAUCACGGGCUGCAAGGAGUGCGGCUGCGCUGCGGCUGGAAGCUCCGCCCCUCAGUGUCAGCUGACCAAUGGGCAGUGUCUGUGCAAAGAGGGCUUCUCUGGCAGAUCGUGUGACCGCUGCGCCCUUGGUCACCACGGUUACCCAGCAUGCCCAGCAUGCGGCUGCGACCUGACAGGAUCGAACGAAGAGUUCUGCAACGCCACGCUGGGAGUGUGUGACUGUCAGCACGCCGGAAAGUGUGUGUGCAAGGUGGGCGUGUCCGGGCGCCGCUGCGAGGAGUGCGUCUCCGGGUGGUUCGCUCUAUCGGCUCAGAGUCCUGACGGCUGCUCGCGGUGUUUCUGCUCAGGGCUCAGCUCCGACUGUGAGGAGCAGGGAGGCCUUCAGCGAGUACUGAUCAGCACGGAUCCCUCCCCUGCUCCCCUCUCAUUGGUCAGCCAGUCCAACCUGCAGGGUGUCGUGUCUGGAGUCCACCAACAGGGCGGCGAUUCGCUGCUCGACACCCGUCACCUGGACAGCAGCCGGCCAGUCGGCCCGCUGUACUGGAGACUGCCCCCCCAGUACCGAGGCCAACAGCUGCUGUCGUACGGCGGUCUGCUGUCUUACGUUGUCACCUUCUACGCUGAGGACGGUUCGGGGCUGUCCAAUCAGGAGCCUCAGGUGCUGAUUAGGGGCGGGACCAUGAGGAAGCAUGUGAUAUAUGCUGACAUGGUCGCUCCUAGCAACGGCAUCAGGACACAGCACGACAUACGGAUGAUGGAGCACAAGUGGAAGUACUUUAACUCGGUGUCCGAGAAGCCGGUGAGUCGUGAGGACUUCAUGUCGGUCCUCAGUGACGUAGAGUACGUCAUCAUCAAAGCGUCAUAUGGGACCCGACUGCAGCAGAGCAGGAUCUCUAACAUCACCAUGGAGACGGCGGUGGAGGCAGAGCUGGAUGAGGGUAGCAUGGCCAGACUGAUUGAGUCCUGCAUUUGUCCACCUGGAUACACCGGACUGUCCUGUCAGGACUGUGCUUCCGGUUUUUUCCGUCAGCCUCUGUCUGAGUUAUCAACUAAGAAGCAGAAGUCGCUGUUUGUUCGUCCGUGUGUUCGAUGUCGCUGCAACAACCACAGUGAGAGUUGUGACGUGGAGACUGGAGCCUGUCUGGAUUGUCAGCAUCACACCAGUGGGCGGAGCUGCUCGCAGUGUGCCCCGGGGCAUUAUGGGAACAUCAGUGGCUCUAUAAGCGACUGCUCGCUGUGUGCUUGCCCGCUACCGGACAACAGUUUCAGUCCCACCUGUGUGUCAGAGGGUGGAGUCGGGGAAUUCCGCUGCACCGCCUGUCAGAAGGGAUACGAGGGGAGACACUGCGAGAGGUGUUCAGUGGGUUACUACGGUAACCCGGUGGAGGCGGGCGGAGUCUGUGCGCCCUGCGGCUGCAGUGGGUGGGGCUCGCUGCGCCCGCUGUGCGAUGCGCUGAGUGGGCAGUGCGAGUGCAAGGCUGGGGUCAAAGGUCAGUCGUGUGACCAGUGCGACGAGAGACACGUCCUGCAGGAAGGAGAGUGUGUGUCGUGCGAUGACGAGUGCAUCGGUGUGCUGUUGGACGACCUUGAAGAAGUACAUACUCACUUCCUGUCUGUCAACCUGAGCGCCAUUGGCAUGGCGCCGUACCGCCAGCUCGUACUGCUGGAGGACCGGAUCAGAGACGUGCAGGUGGUGCUUUCAGAAAACAGCUCCGUUGCUCUGCGGCUGUUCACAGUGGACGACGAGCUCAAUCACUUGACCUCCGACCUUGACGCGCUGCUGCAGCAGGUCCCACGUCUGUCCCACAACCUGGAGAAAGUGGCCGUAAACAGCAGCCUUUCCCAGAGUGCACUGCUCCUGCAGAGCAUCAGCAGCCUGCAGCAUCACAUCCAGGUUCUUCAGAGGGAGGCGGGGCUUCUGAACCAAACUGGAGCCACGGAGCUUGAUUCGGCCAAUCAGACACAUAUGCUGGAGGAGGUGGAGUCCAUGAUGGAAACCAUCCGAGCCAUCGACCUGAAGGCCACCAACGCCUCGGCCAAUCAGGAGCUCCGUCUCUCCGAGUCUCUCGUCCGAUCGCUGCAGGACGACUUCCUGUCCGGCAGGGCGGCAGUAGACGUCAGACUCCGCCUCUUCUCCGCGCCCCUCAAGGUUGCUAUGGAAACACUGGAAUUUGCUCAAACGCAGCUGAGCAACACCGAACUACAAAACCGACUGACACACACUCUUCUGGAAACCGCACACCCUUUGCUUCACCGUUACAAGUCCGUCCAUCACAACCUCAGCGUGGAGGUGGUGUCUGUGGACGGAGUGAUGGAGGACAGUCAGCUGCUGCUGGAUGACAUCAUUUUGCUGACGCAGGAGUUCACAAACACCAGCAAGGUGGAGGAGUUCAGCGGUCAACUGGAUCAGUGGCGCCCCCUGCUGAGGAAACAGGUGGACGCUUUGGUCAUCGGACUGAAGAUGACCGACGCCCUGGAGAUUGUAUACCGAGCAGAAGGCCACGCCCUCCUGCUGCAGAGCCACGCCCACGCCAUGCACAGCUCGAUGGCGUCGGUGGGUAACGUCUCUCCGAAUGGCAGCCAAUUGGCUAAGCUGGACAGUGACAUCACAGAAAGAGUUGACUCAGCCCAGCAGGUUGCUUUGAUGGCCCAGAACUCCGCCUCCCUGGCUCUCAACAUGACUGUCCAUUCAGGGCUGCUGCUGUCAGAAGAGGGCGGAGCCAAGCUGAACGCCAGUUCUUCUGCUUUAGAAGAAAGUCGACAAAUCAACAAGACGGCUGAAGAGCUGCAGCUGAAGGUUUCCAAAGUAAACGGCCGACUGGGAUUGGUGAGAGACAGCAUUUACAACUGCAGCCUCCUCCUCCGUCAGCCAAUCAGAGACCUGCAGCGCCUCCCUAACGCUUCGUCCGCCUCACUGCUUCAGGCUCGCCACCAAGCUGCCGCUGCGCGCUCUGGCCUGCAGGAGGCGCUGCAGCGGCUGCACAGACUCGGGCUGCGGCUCCAGAAUUCUUCUUCUAUGGUGGAAAACACCAAGGACUCUGUGAGGGAGACCAACCAGAUGGUGACUCACACACACACCGCAGCCAAUGAGGCGCAGCGGCAGCUAGAGGAGGCGGAGCAACGCACGGUGCGCCUGAUGGAGCGGAUAAAGCCGCUGAGCAUGCUGGGAGAAACGCUGAGCAGGAAUCUGUCCGACAUCCGAGAGCUGAUUGAUCAGGCCAGAAGACAAGCGGCCUCGAUCAAGGUGGCGGUCCAGGCGGACAGGGACUGUGUUCGCUCCUACAGACCUCAGAUCCAGUCGAGUAACUUCAACACUCUGAGUCUGACCCUGAAGACCUCCCGCCAGGACAACCUGCUCUUCUACCUGGGCAGCAACACCACGGUGGACUUCCUGGCUGUAGAGAUGCAUGCUGGGAAGGUGUCUCUCAUGUGGGACGCCGGCUCGGGGAGAACCCGGCUGGAGUUUCCUGGACUGGACGUCACCAACAACCGAUGGACCAGAAUCAACGUGACCCGCUUCGGGGCCAGAGCUUCUCUGUCGGUUCAUCAGUUGGAGUCUGCGGCGGCUCCGUUGCCGGCGGUCACGGCGACAUCACCGGGACGGUCCCGAGUUCUGGACAUCGACAGGAACACAGUGAUCCACAUCGGAGGACUGGGGUCUCACACUCAGAGCCCGGCGGUGCUGCGCUCCUCCACCUUCCAGGGAUGUGUGGGCGACGCGUCGCUCAACGAGAGGAACAUCGGCCUGUGGAGCUACGACAGCAGGGAGGGGGAGUGUGGAGGCUGCUUCAGCAGUCCCCAGGCAGAGGAGACCUCCUUCCACUUUGAUGGAUCUGGAUUCUCUUUGGUCCAGAAGUCUCUGCGGGCGACCUCCACCUCUAUCGUCCUGUUGUUUAAAACCUUGUCGCCGGGCGGAUUACUGCUCUACCUGGCCUCCAACAACACCAGAGACUUCCUGUCCAUGGAGCUGGUAGAGGGGCGUGUCCGUUUGACCUUUGAACUAGGAUCAGGUGUUCUGAUCCUGACCUCCAAAAAGAAGUACAACACCGGAGUCUGGUACAAGAUCACACUACAGAGGAGCAAACGUAAAGGUUACCUGUCCAUCAUGGCAGCCGACCAAUCAUCGGACAAGGAGGUUUUGGAGGCCGAGUCUCCUGGAACAGCCUCUGACCUGAACCGAUCCGACCUGGAUCCCAUCUACGUUGGAGGACUUCCUGCCUCUAGACCAAUCAGGCGACAGGUGGUCUCCAGGUCAUACGUAGGCUGCAUCAAGAACGUGGAGAUUGCUCGCUCCAACUUUGACCUUCUGAGAGACGCUUUCGGAGUCAGGAAGGGCUGCAUCCUCGAGGCCGUGAGAAGCGUCUCACUGUUCAGCGGCUUCGUUCAGAUCGCUCCUCCAUCGCUGGGUCAGGAGGCGGAGCUUCUGUUCUCCUUCUCCACGCGCAACCAAUCAGGAGUUCUGCUGGCUGCCUUCAGCGACAAGCUAGCACAGAGACAGCACUUCUUGUCGGUCCACCUGGUCUCAGGAUCUUUGGAGGCGGAGCUCGGUGAGGUGGGCGGGGCUACUCGUAAGGUGACGGUUGUGAAACCGGACGGAGGGUCCUUCAGCGACCGAACAAAACACUCUGUGAUCGUUACCAUCCACAGGAAGUCUCUAUCCGUGCAGGUGGACGAGGAACACCUGAAGUCUGUCUCCGGGUCGCCGGGCGAAUUGUCACGAUUGCCGCCGGCCUCUUUCUUUAUUGGUGGGCUGCCGUCGGGGGAGGAGUCUCGACUGCCAAUCAGAUUGCAGGGUGUCUCCAGGAGUUUCAGAGGCUGCAUCCAAGAUCUGGCAGUGGGCGGGUCGUUGGUUGACCUAUCGAGAGCUGUGAGGUAUGAGGGGGCAGAGCUUGACAGCUGCCUAUUGGAGGAGAAAGGGGUGGGGCCUGUGCUGCCCGAUGACCAAGAUGUAGAUCCCACUUCUGACCCCUCCCACCUGCCAGUUGCCCCGACCACACACUUGAGCGCCAUGGCACCAGGAGCACUGACGUGUGUGUCAGAGGUGGAGCCGACCUUUCUACCUUCGGCGGCUCAGUUUGGUUUGUCCAAACACAGUCGCAUGACCUUCAUCAUCGCACCUCACACCGUGAAGAGAAGCGUGUCGCUGAGGUUGUCGGUUCGAAGCCGAGCUCGGGAGGGGCUUAUCCUCCUCCUCUCCGACUCCAAGCAGAUGGACUUCGUUGUCCUCAAGCUGAGCGGUGGCAGGCUGAUGAUGUCGGCCGACCUGGGGAAAGGCUCCGCCUCUGUCACCUCCUCUGUCGCCAUUGACGAUGGAGAAUGGCAUACUGUGGAGGGGGAGGUGGGCCGGCGGUCGGUGUCUGUGUCGGUGGACGGGUCGGGUCCUGACCGCGUGUCCCUCAAAGGGAACCAGCUGGACGUGGACGCCAGGCUUUACCUGGGAGGACUUCCGCCCGCACACUCCACCAGGAGAAUUAACGUCAGCAGCAGUUUUCCUGGCUGCGUCCGAUCCGCCAGUCUGAACGGCGCCGCUUUGAAUCUUUCCGAGCCCGCCUCCCGGCAUGAUGUCUCUUCCUGUUUCACCAGCGACCAGACGGGAAGCUUCUUCAAUGGCAGCGGAUACGCCGCUCUCAUGCGUGACGGCUACAAGGUCGGCUCUGACAUGUGGGCGUCGCUGGAGUUUCGAACCAGCAAACCAGAAGGAGUGUUGCUGGGAAUCAGCAGCGCAAAGGUGGACGCCAUCGGACUGGAAAUGAUCAACGGACAGGUGGUGUUUAACGUGAACAACGGGGCGGGACGCGUUUCAGUGCGUUCGGUUGGCCACAAGUUGUGUGACGGAGAGUGGCACCGCCUUUUGGCCAGAAAGACUAAACACACUGUGAGUCUGAGUGUAGACGGGCAGAGUUUCACCACCAGCAACCCCUACCCACAAUCCACCUCUGCCGAGACCAAGAACCCUGUUUACCUGGGAGGCUUUCCAGUGGGGGAGAAACAGAAUUGCCUGUCAAUCAGCUCCCGGUUCAGAGGUUGUCUGAUGAACCUGAAGCUCGUCAAGUCUCACCUGAGUGAAGUGCUGGACCUGAGCUCCGCCCACUUCCUGUCGGGCGUCACUCCUAACUCGUGUCCUAUUGCGAAACCACACCCUGCCUCGCGUUGAGCGGUUUCUAAUGUUGUUUUGUUUUUAGAUGAUGGUCAUCUCCAGCUUCAUUGUAACAUUCUGUAACUUUGAUCCAAGUAUUUCUACAUGAAUCAUUAAAGA